AUGACCAACAUCCGAAAAACACACCCACUAAUAAAAAUCAUCAACGAUGCAUUCAUUGAUCUCCCUACCCCAUCAAACAUCUCCUCAUGAUGAAACUUCGGCUCCCUACUCGGCCUCUGCUUAAUUGUACAAAUCCUAACAGGCCUAUUCCUAGCAAUACACUAUACACCAGACACAAUAACCGCCUUCUCAUCAGUCACACAUAUUUGCCGAGACGUAAACUAUGGCUGAGUUAUUCGGUACUUACAUGCAAACGGAGCCUCCAUAUUCUUCAUCUGCCUCUACGCCCACAUGGGACGAGGUCUAUACUACGGCUCCCACGCUUUUCGAGAAACAUGAAAUAUUGGAGUUAUUCUACUAUUCACGGUCAUAGCCACUGCAUUCGUAGGCUACGUCCUGCCCUGAGGACAAAUAUCAUUCUGAGGCGCAACCGUCAUCACCAACCUCCUAUCAGCAAUCCCAUACAUUGGUACUACCCUAGUCGAAUGAAUCUGAGGCGGUUUUUCUGUGGAUAAAGCAACACUAACACGCUUCUUUGCCUUCCACUUCAUUCUCCCCUUCAUCAUUAUAGCAUUAGCAAUCGUCCACCUCAUCUUCCUUCACGAAACAGGAUCCAACAACCCCACAGGUAUCCCAUCUGACAUAGAUAAAAUUCCAUUCCACCCCUACUACACAAUUAAAGACAUUCUAGGCGCCCUACUACUAAUCCUAACCCUACUAAUAUUAACUCUAUUUGCACCCGACUUACUCGGAGACCCAGACAACUACACCCCAGCAAACCCACUCAGUACCCCAGCACACAUUAAACCAGAGUGAUAUUUCCUAUUUGCAUAUGCAAUCCUACGAUCAAUCCCCAACAAAUUAGGCGGAGUCUUAGCCCUACUACUCUCAAUCCUAGUCCUAGCUCUAAUCCCAAUACUCCACACAUCCAAACAACGAAGCAUAAUAUUCCGACCCUUUAGCCAAUUCCUGUUUUGAGUACUGGUCGCAGACCUACUCACCCUAACGUGGAUCGGCGGCCAACCCGUAGAACACCCCUAUGUAAUUGUAGGCCAACUCGCAUCCAUCCUCUACUUCCUCUUAAUUCUAGUGUUAAUACCAGUAACUAGUCUUAUCGAAAAUAAACUUAUAAAAUGAAGA